AGUCCGAUAGAAGUAGGGAGAGAGAGGGGAGGGGGAGGGGGAGGGGGAGGGGGGUAUAUAAGAGGAGGCAUAAAUUUAGAUACAAGACUAGCCGGGGUGGCUUCUGGAAGGCGAUUCCCAUCCGACACCGGAGCGUUCGCGGAUUGGGUGGCGUCAUCCGCAACCGGGCGAGGAGACGAUCUCUGCCUCGGUUUUAAUGCCGGAGGAGGCGGAAGCGGAGGAGGAACCGGAACCGGAAGCGGCGCAGCCGCAACCGCCGGCGGCUGGGGAUCCAUCUCCUCGGCCUCGGGCCGCACGGGCGGGCUCAAUUAUGGCAUCGCAGACAUGGGAAUGGUCGGUCUCCGCGAUGUCCUCGUCGUCGCCCCCGCUGGAUCGUUCCAUCCACAGUACCACGAGCCCUUGCCCUCCUCCGCCGAGCACCCGAUCAUCCCCCUCCUCACCGCCGCCCCCUGCCUCGUAGAUGAGGCCCACGACGGCGCCGGCGGCCGACCCAAGCCCGCCGGCGGGAUUCACCUCUGGCAGGCACAGCCCCCUCCGCCCCCCCAGAACCCCGGCCCUAACCCUAACCCUACCUUCUCCUACCUCAAGAAACCCGUCCCCACUCUCGACCCCGCCGGCAUUCUCGCCGGCGGUGGAGGGGGUACCUCGACGUGCCAGGACUGCGGCAACCAGGCCAAGAAGGACUGCAGCCACCGGCGGUGCCGCACCUGCUGCAAGUCCCGCGGAUUCGAGUGCUCCACCCACGUCAAGAGCACCUGGGUCCCCGCCGCCCGCCGCCGCGAGCGCCAGCUUGUCACCUCCUCCGCCGCCGCCGCCGCCGCAGCCGGCUCCUCCACCUCCACCUCCGCUCCCAAGAAACCCCGCCUCAUCUCCUCCCAGACCACCACUACCGCCUCCCACACCUCCAACUCCAACACCCCUCCUCGCAGCCUCGACACCAGCUCCAGCCACCAAGAUGCGACCCUUCGCGACAGCUUGCCUGGGCACGUUCGAGCGCCGGCCGUGUUCAAAUGCGUCCGCGUGACGUCCAUCGACGACGGCGAGGACGAGUACGCGUACCAAGCCAUGGUCAAGAUCGGCGGACACGUCUUCAAGGGCUUCCUCUACGACCAAGGCGUGGACGACGGGCGGGGCGAGGCGAGCAAUGAUGCCAUUCCAAACAUCUCGGAGCUCCAUCUCGGGGGUGCCGGCGCUGCUGCUGCUGCUGCUGGUAGAAAUGGAUCCUCUUCCGCCGCCAUUAUGCCGUCCGACGACUACGGCGACGGACCGCCCGGUGGCGGUGGAUUCCUUGGAGGUACUACAAACUAUGGUAACCCAAUAAAUUGAGCUCUCCUCACUGCAUCUAAGGUUCUAUUUUCCUUUCUCUCAUUCUCGACUCAACUUUAUGAAAUCGUCAAGUCAUGCAUGGUGGUCAACGAGGAGUUGUUUCAGCUAUUGCUGCUGUUGUUGUAAACAUAUGUCUCUCUACUCGACUUCUUAGCUUCUUUUUUAUGUCCUUUUUGCUGCUGCUGCUACUAGUGCUGUUAUUAUUAUUGCUUCUAAUAAUUACUUCUCAUGGUGGUGGUGAUAACUAGAUCCUAUCUUACUCUGAGAAGAGAAGAGAGAAAGAGAGAGGAUCACGGACGGUUGCACUGUUUGUAAGUUGAUUGGUAGUUUUUUAAGCUAUGUCUUCCUUUAUGCUCA